GGCGGCGCGGGGGCGGGGCGCGCGCUCGUGAGAACGUCCGGGGAGCGCGCGCGCCGACGCCGACGCCGCCGGGCGAGCGGAGCUGGAGUUGCAGCCUGUGGGUUUGCGGUUGAUGGCUCCCACCGAAGGGCUGGCGGCGGCGUCUGCCGCUGUUGCUGCUGUUGCUGCCGAGACCUCCGUCGGCUUCUGGUCAUGAGAGGAGACAGCCCUGAAGCAAAGAUAUCUGGGUCAGAGAAAAAGUAGUUAAGGGCCAUGCAAGCCAAUCGCAGCCAACUACACAGUCCUCCAGGAACUGGAAGCAGUGAGGGUGCCUCAACCCCUCCGUGUGUCCACACAAGAUUGACAGGAGAAGGUUCUUGUCUUCAUUCUGGAGAUGUUCAUAUCCAGAUAAACUCUAUACCUAAAGAACGUACAGAAAAUCCAAGCUCCAGAAAUGCAAGGUCAGGUGUCCAUAGCUGCGCCCAUGGAUGUGUACACAGUCGCUUACGGAGUCAUUCCCAUAGUGAAGCAAGGCUGCCUGAUGAUACUGCUACAGAGUCUGGAGAUCAUGGUAGUAGCUCCUUCUCAGAACUCCGCUAUCUCUUCAAGUGGUUGCAAAAAAGUCUUCCAUAUAUUUUGAUUCUGAGUGUCAAACUUGUUAUGCAGCAUAUAACAGGAAUUUCUCUUGGAAUUGGGCUGCUAACAACUUUUAUGUAUGCAAACAAAAGCAUUGUAAAUCAGGUUUUUCUAAGAGAAAGGUCCUCAAAGACUCAGUGUGCUUGGUUACUGGUAUUCUUAGCAGGAUCUUCUGUUCUUUUAUAUUACACCUUUCAUUCUCAAUCACUUUAUUACAGUUUAAUUUUUUUAAAUCCUACUUUGGACCAUUUGAGCUUCUGGGAAGUACUUUGGAUUGUUGGAAUUACAGACUUCAUUCUGAAAUUCUUUUUCAUGGGCUUAAAAUGCCUUAUUUUAUUGGUGCCUUCUUUCAUCAUGCCUUUUAAAUCUAAGGGUUACUGGUAUAUGCUUUUAGAAGAAUUAUGUCAAUACUACCGAACUUUUGUUCCCAUACCAGUUUGGUUUCGAUACCUUAUAAGCUAUGGGGAGUUUGGUAAUGUAACUAGAUGGAGUCUUGGGAUAUUGCUGGCUUUACUCUACCUCAUACUAAAACUUUUGGAAUUUUGGGGGCAUCUGAGAACUUUCAGACAGGUUUUACGAAUUUUUUUUACACGACCGAGUUACGGAGUGGCUGCCAGCAAGAGACAGUGUUCAGAUGUGGAUGAUAUUUGUUCAAUAUGUCAAGCUGAAUUUCAGAAGCCAAUUCUUCUCAUCUGUCAGCAUAUAUUUUGUGAAGAGUGCAUUACCUUAUGGUUUAACAGAGAGAAAACAUGUCCACUGUGCAGAACUCUGAUUUCAGAUCAUAUAAACAAAUGGAAAGAUGGAGCCACUUCAUCACACCUUCAAAUAUAUUAAGUUGUAUAAACUAUUAAGGCCACAAAAUACUAAUGUCAUUUGGUCAUAAUGACUACUGAUUAAGGCAUCAAAAUGGAUUUUCAGGGCUACAAGAAAAAUGUUUCUCAGUGGUUUUAGAAUGUAAGACUUAUGGUCCAAUUCAUCAAAAGAUUAAAUGAAAGAACCCUGUGUUUUAAAAUAUAUAUAUAAUGUUCAAUCUAAUGUACAUGCAACAUUCUAAUUAUUUGACAGUGUUAAAUUGUAAAUGUGUUUUCUUAAUGUUAACAAAACCACAAUUUGUAGAACUGGUGGUUUUAGAGAACUCAGGUAUUCUUUCCCGACAUUGUUUUCAGAAUACAGAGUAUUUUUCAUAGUAUUUUAAGACACAUAUCAGAAAGAAUUUUGUUCAGCAUUGACUUUUAUAAUUCCCAUAGUAAAAAUUCUUAAUAUUUUCAUAAAAUUUGUAUUUUAAAAUGAAAGUUCUAAAUGUUAUAUUUUAUCAGUAACAGAUUUUUCUAAGAUUACUGAGGAUGAUACAUUUUCUCUGUAGUAUGACCAGAAUCAGUGAAAAUAAAUGAUAUAAAUUCAUUUUGUCUAUGGACCUCAUAAAUUCUUCUAUCAUCAGCUUUAAUGCUCAUGAUCAUGCUUUUUGUAUAGUACCAUGGAGUAUCUUGAAGUAACUAUUAAAAUAAUUCAUGUGGAUUAUAAA